CUAAAAUUCAAACACAUUGUUAAAAAGUUGUAGUAGUCUUGAAGCAAUCGGAAAAAGUUGUUUAAAAAUUUUUAGGUUUUUACAUAUCGAAUAUUUUCUAUAUGCGACAAAAUGGAAGCAUCGUUUAUGGUUGCCAUGUUCAUUUCGGUAUUUUGCCACUGCACAGGACUAUUUUACAAUCCCGUGGAAGCCGGCACGGAAUCGACCAUGUUUCUGAUCAUCCUCAUAAUGUACCUGCAUAAAUUAAAGUCGGAGCGCGGCUCAAUUCUACCAGAAGGCCAAAUGAGAGCAAUCCUCGAGGUGCCGCUCCUUUGUCUGGCUGCCCAGGUGGCACUGGUGGUCAUUUGGCUGCCCACGUUUGCCAUCGUGCAAUUUUUGGUGGACUUGGCAUGCAGAACUCUGCGAAAUUGGCUGAGUGACGAGCUCGAUUGGCUGGUGGAGAAGAUCAAUCCACUUAUGUUGUCAAUUUCUCUUCUGGUAAUGGAAUCGGUCGCUUUUCUCGAGGGCUUCGAGAUCAAGGAUGUGCAGAAGUUCUUUGGCUGCAAGGACGACUUCGUCUCACCCAGUGUCCUUUCAUUUGUGGCCCAGGAGGAGGUUAGGGUUUUGAAACGGGAGUGGAAAGAGUUGCAAAGGCAGCGUUCCUCCAAAGGCAACAAGAAGUGAUGUCUUGAUAAUUGGAAGUAGUGCGCAGAUGGAAUCGGAGCCGAAACAGUACAACCAUUUUGUCAAAUAAACAAAUAUAAUUGAACACAUUA